AUGGCGAUGCAAGAAAGACUUAAGGUCUUGCCCGGCGUGUCUGUUCAUGCUUUGCAGAAUGCUUUGGACAAGGGCUUCAAGACUAUCGGACACAGAAGCCUUUUGGUCUUUUUGCCACUUCUAGAAGGAAUGAAUUGGAAAACAGCAGCAUCCAAGCAUGCGGCAGCUUACGUGCAGCUGGAACCACUCCUCAGACCGUUGUUGGAAGUGUGCAAAAAUGGUCUUGUACCGGAUGCCAUGUUGCUAUCUGCUUUCUAUGCCUAUAGCGCAGAGCACAAGUUCGAGUGGAGCCAAGAAGUGAGCGUCCAAGCAACGAUCACUUUCUUCUUCAUGAAGCUUAGACAAAUGGUUGCAAAACUUCGCGACUUGGUGAGUGUGAACGGUGGAUGGGAAGUUUUAGCCAAAAAAUUGACCCAACAGCAGCACGAGGUGAUUGCGCGUCUGUGUCGUUGCUUACAACCUUCGUUUCUGAGUUCAGAGCAGUUGUCAAAUCCUUCGGCCAACUCGUGGCAAACGGAAGUCAACAACAUGGCCGUCGCCACGCCAUCGAACCACCAAGAUUCCUCAAUCGUGCUGUGGCGAGAUCCCGCCGCCAAAUCCUCUUUGGAUUUUCUGAGCGCAGACGCAGCUGCAUUUUGUGCAGACCAUGAUAUCUUCGCAGAAGCAGUCGCUUCCGCCAAGAAAAUGGCCGAGAAAGUUCUCAUCGCAUCCGUUCCCACACUGCGGACACCUACUACAUCGGAAGCUUCGGAGAAACGCUUGGUGCGUCGCACUGUGACGAAUGUCUCUCCAAAGCAGUCUAGUUCCAAAGCAUGGUGGAAACUCCUCGACAAAGCAAGUAAAGACGAAGCCUUGCAAGCAUUCCGUGCAUAUGGUGAGUCCAAAGGUUUAACCAUGACCGCAAAAAAUUUUGCGUCACGAGUGUACAAACAACCGGAAUUCACUGACGUGCAGACCCGUCGAGCAGCACACAAAGAUGCUCGAGAGUACAUUGAGUCCAUCGCCAAAAAGGCCAAAACAACUUGA